AUGAGCCUCAUUAGCGAAAAUUAAAAUUUUCUUUCGUAAGAAAGCCUCGAUAAAACUGAAGAUGCAUGUAUUUCAAUAGAUACAAAACAAUAGAAUGAUCAUAAAUUUUAUCCAAAUCAUCUUGGAUAAAACGAUAGUUGGAUUUCAAAAUUUUUUUUUCUGCAUUACACUUCUUAUGCUUUGCUUUUAAGAAGUGAAGUGUUAAACAAAAGACUUAAAAUUACAGACAAACACCUCCCAAAAUUGUCUCCUGAUGAUGAUUUAUUAGAAUAGGUCGAAAAAGCAUAAAACAGAAUUUAAAAACUGAACCUGAUUAGUUUUAGAACAUUAGUUAAGCUCAUAUUUUUUGGCGAAUUGAAAUGGAUAACAGGAAAAUGUAUUGUUACCUAUGUUAUAGAGUCCGUUUCAAAAAAUGGAAUUUCUUUUAUUAUGAGUUUUGUCAUAGGUAGUGUAUCUUAAAAUGAUUACGAAAAUGCUCAUUAUUAUGGGAUUAUUUUAGUAAUAUUAAAUUUCAUUUGUUUGUUGAGCAGGCAUCAUGCUGCCAAUUAUUCAUUGGUAUUUUCAACCAAAGCACGUCUAAGUUUAAUAAAUUUAGUAUAUAUUAAAUUGAUUGGGUUAAAUUCCUACUCAUUUAAGUAAGCAAAUAUAGGCAAGAUCUUAAAUAUAAUAUCUGGAGACAUCAACACAUUAGAAUAAAUGUUUAGUAUGAUAUUUCCAAGUAGCGUUGUUAUAAUUUCAAUGUUCUUCGCUUGUUUUAUAUUGUGGAAUAGAUUUGAUGGCAUAAUUGGUUUAUUGGCAGUCCUAUUAGUAUUUCUUGCAUACCCAAUUUAAAUCAUAAUAUAAUCAUACAAUUAAGAAACCCUCAAAUAAGCAAAACUUCAUUAGGAUUAAAGAUUACGAAUUACCAACCAAUUCAUAGAAGGAAUUAGAUUAAUAAAAAUGUAAGCAUGGGAAUAAGCCUUUUAAAAAAUGAUAAGUGGUUUAAGACAAAUUGAAUAUUUGAGUUUACUAAAAAUACUCAUAAGAACUGCAAUAGAUAGAUUAUUUUCUCAAACUUCACAUAUUUGGACAAGUUUAUUAUUUUUUAUAUUGUUAUAUUACUGUGAUUUUAGAAAUGGAAUGAGGAUGGCUGAGAUGAUUUCCACAUUAUAACUCUUAAAUGUAUUACGAGUUUCAUGUGUAUAUAUGGUUUCAAAUGGAAUAUAAGCCUUUAUUUAAAUUAAAGUUACUUUUGAGAGAAUUGCAAAUGUGUUAAACCUAGAAAAUUUUGUGAUGAAUAAAGUUGAUGAUUUUAAUGAAGUAAAGUAAAUUGAGAAAGAACAAAGCAGAAUUGAAUUAAUCAAUUUUAGUGCAUAUUGGACACAUUCAGUAUCUGAAAAUGAUUAACCAAUUUUAAAAAAUUUGAAUUUAAAUUUUUAAGAAGGAGAAUUAUGGGCUAUCAUUGGAAGAGUAGGAUGUGGGAAAUCAACACUUUUGCAAUCUUUGUUAUGUGAAAUUCCAGCCUAUAAAGGAUUAAUUUUAAUUGAUGGAUAAGAACCAUAAUAAAACAAAUUAAAAAUUGGUUAUGUGGAAUAAGAACCAUUUUUAUUUCCAGACACAAUAAGAAAUAAUAUUUUAUUUGGAAAAGCCUAUAGUAAAACUUUGUAUGAGAAGGUUAUUUGGGUUGCAUAAUUGGAAUCUGAUUUUGAAUUAAUGAAAUUUAGAGAUAAGACAGAAAUUGGAGAAAGAGGUAUCACACUUUCUGGAGGAUAGAAAGCGAGAAUCUCUUUAGCCAGAGCUCUAUAUUAAAUGCCUGAUGUAUACUUAUUUGAUGAUCCUUUAUCUGCUGUUGAUGCAAGUGUUGCUCAAAAAAUAUUCACAGUUGCUAUUAAGCAAUUCAUUUUUGAUUAUCAAUUAACCAUUUAUAAAAGCAAACCUAAACCUAUAGUUAUUUUAGCCACUCAUUAAAUUUAAUAUGCAAUAAAAUGUGAUAAAAUUGCUAUAUUAAGCCAUGGCGAGCUAAUUGCUCAAGGUCCUUAUGAAUAAAUAAAAUUUCAUUUGGAAAUGAUCAAUAAAGAUUUAGCUCAACAAUUAGAUAAAACUUAGAAUGAAAUCUAGAAAUCAGAUAAUUUAGAAUAAUAACCUAUUAAGUUGACAAAAGAAGGAGCUGAUUUAAGUGAUUCUAGGAAUUUAACUGUUUCUGAAUCAGAUACAUAAUAAAUCACUAAUUUUUCAGUUUAUAUUAGAUAUUUUAGGAAUUGGAAGUGCUUAGCUUUUAUUUUGGUCUUAAUUUUAGAGGUAGUCUAUGAGAUCUGCAAAAUCUUAUAUUCGAGGGUGAUCACAUAAUUUGAAUUUUAUGAAAAAAAUGGGUAAACUAAAAUCACAUUUUUAAUGUUGUCUUGUUUAGUGAUUGGAUUAAUGGUUUGUAGUUUUAUAAAAUAUCUUAUUAAUAUUAAAUAAGUUCAAGCCACAACCCAAAAUAUUCAUAAACAGAUGAUUAAUUCAAUUGCAUAAGCUCCAAUAUCAUACUUUGAUGUGAAUCCUUCAGGAAGAAUUAUAAAUAGAUUUUCAAAUGAUUUGUCUUUGUGUGAUAAUUCAACAAACUAAGUUUGUUUGGAUAUUUUGGAAAUGAUUGGAAAUUUCUUUAUAGCCUUAAUAACAUUGGCCAUCUUGCAACCAUAUUUUAUUUUUGUUAUUUUCUUUAUAAUUGCUCUUAACCUUUAUCAAUAUAAUUUUUAUAAUCAAAUUGUCAGUUAAUUGAAAGAAAAUGAACUAAUCCAGAGAAGUCCAUUAUUUGAUUUCAUAAAAAAAACACUAGGAGGAUCUAUUCAAAUAAAGGUGUAUAAAUAAUAGAAUUUAUUCAAGAAACAAUUUUUAGAUCUAUCAAAUGUCUAUAAUUUAAAUGCCUUAACUUAUUUUUAUUAGACAAGAUCCUUUUGCUUUAACAUAGAUUUUAUUGGAUUUAUUGCUUCCUCUAUUAGUUUAUUCAUUUUUCUAAAUUUGAAUUACGAUGAUGUUGCUGUUUUCUCAUAAGGUGUAUUAUUGUUGACCACAUAUAACGAUGGACUAUCAUUAGGAUUAAAAUAAUUGAUAAAUUUUGCAACUUAAAUGAGUUCAUAUAAUAGAAUGUUCUAAAUAAUAGAUGUGAAAUCAGAAGCACCUUAAGUAAAAGAAGAAGAUAGAAAAAUAUCAAAUUUUCCAGAAUCAGGUGAUAUUAAAUUCCAAAAUGUUUAUAUGAGAUAUAGAUGUAAUUCAGAUUUAGUGUUAAAAGGAUUAACAUUUGAUAUAAAAAGUGGGUAGAAAAUUGGUUGUGUGGGGAGAACAGGAGCUGGGAAAUCUUCAAUAUUGUAAGUAAUAUUUAGAAUGAAUGAAAUAGAAGAUUACGAAGGAUCCAAAAUUGAAAUCGCUGGAAUUAAUACCAAAUUAUUAGGCUUAUAAAAACUGAGAAGUAGCAUUGGCAUUAUUCCAUAAUCUCCAUUCUUAUUUACUGGAAGUCUUAGAUAAAAUUUAGAUCCUUUCAAUUUAUAUGAUGACUAAGCCAUUUGGUAAGCACUAGAAGUUGCAGGGUUAAAGGAAUACACUAGAUCUUUCUCGAAUGGCUUAUUAACAGAUAUUAGUGAUGUUAAUUCAUUAUUCUCUGUUGGAUAAAAAUAAUUAAUUUGCUUAGCAAGAAUUCUAUUAUAUAAAAAGAAGAUUAUUGUUUUAGAUGAAGCAACUGCUAAUCUUGAUAUGAAAACAGAUGAUUUCAUUUAAAAUACACUUAAGCAAUAACUAAAGGAUUGUACACUUAUUACUAUUGCUCAUAGAUUGAACACUAUUGCUGAUUAUGAUAAAGUUAUGGUCAUUGAAAAUGGAAUUGUUCUAGAAUUUGAUGAACCAUUUAAUCUCUUAGCAAAAUCUCUAGAUUCAACCAACAUAGAUAAACCAACUCAGUUUUCUAAACUCGUAUUAAAUACUGGAUAUUCUAAUUCUUAAGUUAUUUUCGACAUUGCCAAAAAUAAAUAGACUAGAAUCUAACUAUGA